UGUGGGAACGCACCGAGCAGGAAACAAGAGACAUAGAGAGAGACACAGUUCAUGAGGAGGAAGUGGAGCUGGACUGGACAUACCUUGAGGAGAAAACAACACAGCUAUUAUUAAAACUAAACAGGCGUGAACAUGGAACUCACAAAACAAGAGAAGCAGAGGGAGACCCAAGAACUACUGGAGGAGUGUAAAGGCCUACUAAGUCCAAAGCCCGUGAGCGUGUUCUUCAAGUUGUACUGCCUGACGGUGAUGACCCUGGUGGCGGCUGCCUACACCGUGGCGCUGCGAUACACCAGGACCGUCUCCUCAGACCUCUACUUCUCCACCACAGCCGUGUGCCUGACAGAAGUCAUCAAACUCUUCCUCAGUAUAGGCAUGCUCGCCAGAGAAACGGGGAACUUGCAUCGUCUGCACAACACGAUAAUGGAGCAGGUGUUCCGCAGUCCCAAGGAGCUGCUGAAGCUGAGCGUGCCCUCGGUGGUGUACGCCAUCCAGAACAACAUGGCCUUCAUCGGCCUCAGCAACCUGGACGCAGCUGUCUAUCAGGUGACGUACCAGUUGAAGAUCCCCUGCACGGCACUGUGCACGGUGCUGAUGCUGAAUCGAACCCUGAGCCGGCUGCAGUGGUUCUCCGUCUUCAUGCUGUGUGUGGGAGUCAUCCUGGUGCAGUGGACGCCCGCCCAGGCCACCAAAGUACAGGUGGAGCAAAACCCAUUUUUAGGGUUUGUGGCGAUCGCUAUAGCCGUCCUGUGCUCUGGCUUUGCAGGUGUGUACUUUGAGAAGGUGCUGAAGAGUUCGGACACGUCUCUGUGGGUGAGGAACAUGCAGAUGUACCUGUCGGGGAUCGCCAUCACCCUGGCCGGCGUCUACCUGACAGACGGAGCCGAGGUCAUGGAGAAAGGAUUCUUCUUUGGCUACACGCCCUGGGUGGUCUUCGUAGUCUUCCUGUCCAGCGUGGGUGGCCUGUACACCUCCAUCGUGGUGAAGUACACGGACAACAUCAUGAAGGGUUUCUCUGCGGCGGCCGCCAUCGUGCUCUCUACAGUGGCCUCAGUCACCCUCUUUGGCCUGCGCAUCACCGCCACCUUUGCGUCGGGGACCAUGCUGGUGUGCGUGUCCAUAUACCUGUACGGGCUGCCUAAACAGGACACCAGCAAGGUGACCAAGCUGGACUCUAAAAACAGUGAGUCCAAACAGAAGCUAAUAACGGUCUGAGCUGACGGAUUACCGAUCCGGGUUUUUUCUUUUUUUAGGUGGUGGCGGGUCGGAGGGAGGGCAGGGGAGGAGGGGCUCGGGAUCACGAUCACGUUUGACAUCCUACUGCUGCAUGGGACUCUGGAAGUGGGGGGGUUUGGGGGGCGGGGGUUGAGGAAUCCUACGAGAGCGUGUCGGGAGGACACUUUAUAGUAUGGCACCCACCCCCACCCCCUUCUGCACCUGUGACUUCACGUGGACAACGGACGGGAGAGGAGAGGAGAGGACAGGACGGGAGAGGAG